AAACACAAAUAUCUGUCAACAUUUUUAAAACAAUUUGAUCGUUCUCUUCUUUUGCAUUUCGUUGCAUAAAAAUUGUAAUUUUACUAAAAAAUGGGGAAAGGUUUUAAUAAUUACAUGUGUAAGAAGUUCUUCCAUCCUGCCUCCAGGGAUAAUUUGAAAAGAGUAUGGAUGGCCGAACAACAGGCGGAAGCCUACAAAAAGAAACAGGAGGAACUGCGGAACCAGUAUGAGAAGGAACAAGAGCUCCACGAUAACAAGGCCAUGUUGAGUAAGGAAAGUAAGGACAAAUUGAGCGUCAACUUCAUGUACGAGCUGCCCCCAGGAAUGAAAAAGGAACGGGAGCAGGAAGCAUCGGAUGAGACCGAGUACAAGUUCGAAUGGCAAAGAAAAUACAAUGCUCCUCGUGAAAGCUAUUGCAAGGGAGACACCGAGAUCCGUGAUCAGCCUUUUGGCAUCCAAGUCCGGAAUGUUCGCUGCAUCAAAUGUCACAAAUGGGGUCACAUAAAUACCGACAAAGAGUGCACUAUGUACAGUUUAUCGAUGAGCGAGGCAAAAAAAAUACAUUCUGAACAGGAAGCGAAUCAAAUUCUGUCGAAAAACGAUCUGGAACAAGGCCUUCGAGAAGACGGCCUGGCAAUGAAAAGGAGUGCUAAGGAAUUGGCCACGUCACACCAGUUGGUGGAGGAACCAGGCUUAGACAAAGUUCAGACGGAGACAGAUUUUAUCAAAUCCCUUUCCACUAAGCAAAAGAAAAAACUGUUAAAAAAGUUAGAGAAAAUAGAAAAGCGCCACAAGGCGGAAAAGAAGCACAAGAAAAAGAAGCGAAGCAGAAGCAGCAGCAGUAGCAGUAGCAGCUCAUCCGAAUCUGAUUCUGAAGAUGAGAGAAGACGAUCCUCAAAAAAGCAGCACAAAAAAUCUGUUAAGGAUCGUUAUACGGAUAGAGAAGAGCGUUCGAAAGAUCGAUACCAUCAAUCGCGACGUUCCUCAGAUUCCAGACAUGAACGUAGAAAAAACGAAGAUCGGGACCGUAUGAGAUCGCGUUCCCGAAGCCCUCGACGGGAUCGACAUCGACGUUAGAUCUUCUUAAUAAAUGUAUAACAUAUCAUUAACUACCCACACUAAACUAUUCAAAACUAAUUAAUAAAAACAUAAGUUUUAUCACGAAGCAUGUUUAUUGGAAAUUUAAAGUAUUCAUAAAAACAUAUCAAUAAAUGAAAAA